UAUAUUCUAAUAUUAGAUGAUAAGAUUAAACUCAAUUUCAUAUAAGAAACACUCAAUUGUGAAAUGAUCUACGCACUAUUAAAACAGAGGAAGUUGAAUGAUACACGUUUGCAUAUCUUCUAAGAUUAUUUAUGAAGUUGAAUGGAAAUUUGAAAUAUAUCAACUGCCAAAGAAUGGAAUUCACGUAAAGCUAUUCAUUUAGUUUUUAAAUUUUAGAGGAACUUGGAAAAAUACAAGUUAUAUUUCACAGAAAACAAAAGAAUUUGAAAUUUAUGGAAUGGAGCCUGAUAGUAACUAUAAAUAUGGUAUUAAAUCCACUUUUUCACAAUGUUUAGCGUUAGUUGGAGCUGGAUUCUUACAAGUCGGAGUCGGCACACAAUUGAUUUGUUCGACCGUCAUCAUAGGAGCAUUAUUAGAUCGUUCAAAUGAAAAUGAACGGCUAACCAUGACCAUUGAGCAGAUGUCUUGGUUCGGAAGUCUACUGUAUCUGUGCACUCCUCUGGGCAGCGUCUUCUCGUCGCUGGUGCUGGAUCGACUCGGCCACAAAAACUGCAUGAUUAUCACCAACAUACCGUACUUGGUGUCUCAGAUCAUAUUUUUCUACGCUGAAAAUGUGGAGACAAUGUACGUGUGCUCAAUAAUGAUGGGUCUGGGCGUAGGUUUUUCGGGCGGCCCGUUUUCCGCAUACUUAGGCGAAGUGUGUGAACCAAAACUCAGAGGCGCCCUGAUGUCGGCCACGAACGUGUUCUUCUUCAGCGGUUCACUGCUGCUCACCACCAUUUACGCCAUCACCAGACAGUGGAGGUUGACAGUACUCGCCAACAUGGCGAUACCGAUCAUAACUAUUGUGAUUUUGUGCAUGAGUCCAGAUUCUCCGAUGUGGUUACUGUCCAAGGGCAAGACCGAAAAAGCGCAUCGGACGCUUGGCAAGUUACGGGGAUGGGUGUCACACGAUAAGUGUUCAAACGAAUUUCAUGAAAUGGUAGUGUUCGUGUCUGCGAAUAAAAACUCGUCGAAUGAUAAAAACGAAAAAAAUAAUUCGGACAGUUCUUGGAAACAACUGAUGCAGCCCGACGUACUAAGACCUUUUCGACUACUGCUGAUAUAUUUCUUUUUUUCGAAUUUAUUAUCUGGGGUACCGUUCGGGCCAUAUCUUGUAGAAGUAUUUCUAACAUUUGGCGCUAACGUUGACGCCCAAUGGACCGUAGCUUUUUCGUUGUGCAUAUCUAUAGUUGGAGGCAUAUUAACUAUUUUCUUGGUGAACAGACUUGGAAAACGAUUUCUCACUUUGACGACGUUGUCAAUUUGCUCUAUUUGUUAUAUAUCAAUUGGAUUAAUUGGGAUUUAUUGGACGGAUUCAAAUCAAAUCAAAGCUUGGUUAUUACUAAUAUGCUUCUUUAUUAGUACGUUGGUGGCAUCGUUCGGCAUAAUGCCAAUCGGAUGGAUACUUCUUACUGAAAUAUUCCCCAUGAAGAGUAGAAACAUAACCUGUAGUAUUUGUUCGACGCUGUCUUUUAUUCUUUCUUUUUUCAUGACCAAGUAUUAUCCAAAUGUUGUUUACUUAGUGGAUUUUUACAAUACAUUUACUAUAUUCGGGUUUGGAGGUUUGAUUGGUUGUGUUUAUUUCUAUUUUUGUCUACCUGAAACUGAAAACAAGACAUUGCAAGAAAUAUCUGAAUUUUUCAAAUGAAUUUAAAAAAUAUAAUGUUGAGUAAAAAUUAUUGUAUAACACAACCGUAAUUAUUAAUUGUUAAGUAGAUAUUGAAAUUUAGAUUUUAAAUUUAAUUAUUUUUAUCGGUGGACAGUGAUUAUGUAUUGAUGUAUGUAAAUAAUACAAAUAUAAAUUAACCAUCUAAGAAUAACAUUAUAUUAUUCCUAGUGAACUAAUCACCAAUAUUUGAUGGUGUAUUGGCGCAUUAACACAUGUAAAUCAUACUCGAUAUUUUUGUAAUUGUUUUAACUACUAGAUAUUAAAUAUUAAUACAAUAAGGACUAUUACAUUUUUCUAAUAAUAAUUGUUCCUUGACAUUA